AUGCCAAACAAUUUAAUGUACAACUGCGAGGCAGUCAAACUUUGCAAAAAAAGAUAUGACUCCCAACCCCCCGGCGUGUUAAAUCCGCACGAGGGACAUGCCAAACGGGUGUUUAUACACGCGCUGCUUAGAAGAAGAGAGGCUGGGUAUGCAUUGCAUUUUGCUACAUUUUGCUGUGCUCGCAUCCAGAGUGACUCCCUCCAAGUGAAGCCCCCCCUGUGGGGACAUGCCCAACUUUGCAGAGACGUGAAGCACAUAACCGUUGUUUCGGGUGAUCCACCUUUUCGGCCGACCACCAACCGGUAGGUUCUUCGCCGAACCGCUGCUUUGGUUCCUCUGUGCAGGCGAGCAACCAACCACAGCAGAUUGCCCAAGCCAACCUGGCGCUGCGCGCUGCGGCACCCCCACUGCGAAGGAAGAUUCUCCCAAAAUGAUCUUCAAACAAAUUGCAGAGAAGGCCAGCCAAGUGCUGAUGGGCUCGGACGCGGUGAGGCAGAGCGAUUUAAAAGGGAAGGACCCAGCGGGGAAAGAGACCGAGGUGGGUAGCCCCCGCCAGUGCAACGGGGGUGACACCAAUGGAAGAAGCACCUCUGUGAACCCCCAACGAGAAAAAGUGCCCACCAAAAUGAACGACAAAAAAAGACUGCACGAGCGAGCAAAGAAAAAAGUGAAUCUCUUUCUGAAGAGGUACAAACUGGAAGGACAAAAAAAAAAAAAAAAAAAAAAAAAAAACUCCCCAAAGUCGUCCACUUUACUACUUUCACAAAAAAAAAACAGUAAAGCAAAAAAAUUGAAGAAAAUGACCAAAAUGAGGAAGAUAAGGGAGGACUACCUAACCAUCCAUAAUUUGCACAAAGAAUUUACAGACAAGUACGCAGAGGAGAAGUCAUUCCGGGAGACCACCAAAAGUUACCACUCGAAUGAGUUGGCCAAUGAUUGUUCCUACGCGGUUUUUUUCUUUCGUCUUUUUGUGAGGGGGGAAUACCUAAAUGGGGAAACUCUCGCGGAAGCGCUGGCCAAGGACAAUCGGAGGGGUGUAGAAGCGGCUAACCAUGUGUCUUUUCCCCCCAUGGAUAAGUCUAACCCGGAUCAGCACUCUCACAUAGCGACGAAGAGGCUGAGGAACUCCGUCGCCUUUCUCAACGGAAGGAACACACGACUCCUCAUGUGUGACUACCUAAAAGUUUUAAUGAACAACAUACAAAAUGAAAAUGAAAUUAACGCGAACUUCCUCAUCCUGGAUUACGUCACUUCACAUGAAACGAAGCAGCAAAGGGAUUACUCUCACAUUUGCAGCACGUAUAAAUUAAAGGGACCCACGAAGGAGGAGCAGUCCUCUUCACCCUACAGUGUCAAUUGUGCAAAGGAAAGAGGUGCAAAUGCCUCCUCGGGUGGGGGGCCCCUCCUGGAAAACGCAAAAAAUGACCACAUAGGCAAAAGUAAAGAAGAAAAUGACGUACAUAAAAAUACGAACAAUGGUAACAGCUUGGGUGACGCCACACCCAAGGGGAACGACUCCAAGGAGGGAGAAAAGCCACCCCAUGAAAGGGAAAACAAAGAUUGCGUCCAAAUGAACGAACUCAUGUUUAAUAGAAUUUUAAAUAACUUCGUAACCGAACUGAGGAGCUUCUUCUUUUCCGUGAUUGCCAAAAUGCAGACAAGCCAAGUAGUCUCUCAGCUGGUAACUCGCUUCGCAGAAAUUUGCCUCACCUUAACGCCCUACUACGUACACAUAAUCAACUGCAUAGAAAUUCUCUCCGAUUUUGCUAGCAUCAUUCCGGUGAGGCAUAUGGACCACUUGAUGAGCUUCUUCCAACGGAACAAAAAUAUUUUCAUUGAAAAGUAUAAAGAGUUUCAAAAUUUUGUCAUUUUUAAUGACCCCAUAAAAACGCAGUCGGUUGGAGCACGACUUAUUGGCUUUAUAAAAAAUUUGCAAAAAAAAAAUUGCCUAAAUAGCAAGCAAAAUUCCAUGAAUGUGUUUUUCCUUCACUUGCUACUUUCCGAGUGCCUGCCCAUCAACCACCUGGGAUUUUGCAACAGACAGUCGGCGAAAAAUAAUUUUCACCUUUUCUUUUACAACUCCCAGCAGCGUUGUAAGAAUACUGCAAAUGAUGAGUCUUUAACUUUUAAUAAAUUCGAAUUGGCCAUCCAGGAAAAUGUAAAAAAUCAUGCCAAAGUUAGGGAACUCAUUUUGGCAGAAAUUAACGCCCGCUGUUUGAAGGCGGCUCCCGGGGGGGUGGAAGCGAAUCGAAGCGGAGAUCGCGCGGAUAACACAAAUCGCGAGGAUCACCGGGAUGACCCCGCCAAGGGGGACUCACCCAGUGGGGAUCUCCCCAACCACAGCGAAGAACGUGAAGACAAAAAACCGCUCCCAAAUGGGAGGGACCCCACCAGAAAGCGCAAGAGGGACGAAGAGGACUCCCCCGACCAGCUCCCCCACAGUGACAAAAAGGAUAUGAAAAGGCAGAAGAGGAGCAAAUUGACUGAAAGUCCAAAUGAUGAAAACAAAAACUAUAAGGUGUACCUGGCCUACCUCUACCUCAUUUCGUUUGUCCGUUGCCCCGAAAUGUGUACCGCUCAAAAUUGUGCACCCCUGGAAGAGGCCUACCACUCAUUUAACCUCCUCCUGGCACAUAUUAAAAAUUUGAAAAAAAAAAAUCUCACCAGCGUCAAAAUUGUGAGAGAGUACCUCUACAACUCGGACGUUGACCUUUUGGGAAACAUACACAUUUAUAAUCUGCUUAUUCGUGACCAGAAUUUCCUCAGCGUCUUCUUUUUUAACAUCCUCCUCGUCCUCAACUACCUCAACGUCGAGCUGAACAUUCUGACGCCCUCCACAAGUGAAGGCCCGUCCAGUGAAAGCAAAGCGGCUGAUUCGAGAGGAAAAGAAACCAGCCGCUCAAACGUGUCUACUCAUAAUGUCGAACCCGGGAGCCAGUCUGCAUCUGCCCACUCGUUAGAGGCAACGAAGAACAGCGAAGACAAAAGCGGCAACUCCCCAUUUUCGCGCAACUCCUCAAGAACGUACUCGAAAAAUGCCAAAGAGGGAGCAUCCCACAUGGGCAGCAACACCAGCAGUCUUAGCGCCAAGGGGAGAGACGUCGACUCCGCCCCCCCAGGUGUGGGAAGCAGCGGUAGGGGGGGCCAACAUACCCCCAGGGAGAGUAAAGAAGGGAGGGACGGGAGAGAUGCGAAAGAUGCGAAAGAUGCGAAAGAUGCGAAAGAUGCGAAAGAUGCGAAAGAUGGGCGAGACAUCAACGCAAGCGACGCGAAAGCUAAGGAUCACCAAUCGGUCAGCGAACGGACAAAGCACACCUUCCAUUCGUUCGUGAAGGACCUUUUACGUUACCUAGGGAACGCCAAAAGCUCGCAAUUCUUUUUGAACCUCCUCUCCUCCGAGUACUGCUGGUACAGCUGGAAAAAACAACUCACCGGAAAACCGACCAAAGAAGGUUCCGAAGCGCCUUUCGAAUUUAGACGCGUGGAAGACCACUCGAAGAGGAAGAUAAAAAGCGAAAAGCAUAAAACGAAUCAUAGUGGUGGCGUACUGCUAGACAAGGAACCUUUGGAGGACAACUCCUCCCCCGUGCAGAGCCUAUUUCAGCUCGUGCACAACUUCGAGCUGCUAAAUGAGAAAAUGAAAAGUUACUAUCUAGCCAAUUUGAAUAAUCCCAAUUUGAGAAAGAACCCGUACAAGUACACAAAACUGAUUGGCAGUUGUGAAAGUGGCUCCAAUCGGCAGAUGCAGACAAGUAGGGAGGAUCAAGAUGGGAGGGAGACCAGCCACGUGGACGCCCCAACCGCGGGGAAAAGCGGCAGUAAUGGGCAAGAGGAGGAGCAGAGGGGGCAGCCCCCCAAGGAAAUUACCCUUGAAAAUGGUGAUGAACAUGCCGCGGAGCUUGCCGAGCACGUAAAGACGUACCCCCAGAACCUGAGGGACAUUCGCAAAGUGAACAACUUCCUGCUCGAGAUUAACCAAAUCUACCUGGGCAGACAAGCCGAGUUCUGGGAACUGGACGACAGCGACUCAGUCACAGACAUGAAAAAGAAAAAAAACGAAGAAAAAAUACUAAUAGAAAAACUAAUAGACAAACUAGAAGACUACAAACAGAAAAUGCACAUCGAUAAUGACCCCAUCAACGAAAUUGAGGAAAGUGAAAAAAGCAAAAAUGAUCCCGUCUUCAAAUUCAGGCUAGCCAAAUUGUUCAUCGUCAAGUAUAUUGACCUGUACACCAUCGUCAAGGAUAAGGAGUUCUCCACGGACUGCGACUUUUUGUACAAUUUGAUGGUUCAUAUGGAUAAGAACUUGGCCAAGAAGAAAAUUCUGCUCAGCGCGGAGGUGAAGGCCGACGGGGAAGGGGUCGACGUGCAGGAGAAGGCGGGCGAAGAGGGAAAAGCGGAUGGGGAGGAGAAAACGGAUGGAGGGGAGAAAACGGAUGGAGAGGCGAAAGCAGAUGGAGAGGCAAAAGCAGACGGAGAGGCGAAAGCGGAGGGGGAAGAAGUUACAAUGGAGGGCGAACCGGAGCCGAAAGAGUAACCGAACGAUAGCGAAAAGGCAUGCCCUCCGCAAAUCUCAGUAAGCCUUUCCAUUCUGUGUGAACACCCAAGACGCACACGGCAAUUUUGCCUUCCCCUUAAAUGGGAAAAAACAAAAGCGGCCCAAACUGCUCCCACAGCUACGCACAUGUAAGGGUAUGCACAUAUGCCAUUUUUUAACUCUCUCAUUUGAGGAACGUAGCAACAGCUCUCAAACGUAUACCCUGUUUAGGGGGCACCUCCAUGUGGUAUGCGCGUUGUGCGUUACCUGUACAGGUGAGUACGCCACACACUUUUGCGCCUGCCCUGCGUGCUGCUCAUUUUUUACCCCCGUGGUGAAAUGUGCACACAUAACUAUGUAGCGGUUGGCGCCCCCCAUUUUUGCCCCAACCGGGGAUGCCCUCUAUGGACAUAUUUUUUGUGAACCUCGAAAAGGAAAACUACCUUUGCAGGGACGUGUAGCCCUAUUCCUUUCCACACAAGGUGUAGUUCACCCUGUGUUGUCAUUUUGUCAAUUUUUUUUUUCCCCCCUCGC